AUGUCUAGAGGUCAGACAAUUCAAUGGCCAAAUGCACUUCAUCCACCACCCGACAACUUAGCACUCGAUGCUCAGUACCAACACUUGCUCACACCCCGACCCCAAGCAGAGAUUAAGAAACCAAACUCCGAUUCCAGCAGUGACGUGAGAAACGGCACGAUGAGAGUCAACUCAACACAAAGCAGCAAUACGACCAAUAACAUCUCCCCCUCUGAUCGCAUCAAUGGAUCGCUUGCAUCUGGGCAAUCGAAUUCAAAUUCAAGCUCAUUGAAGCAAACAAUUGGUCCCGGAAACAUCUCUUUAAGCAAUUUACCACCUCCUGCUCCAGUUGACGUACCUCUUGAUUUGGGACUUUUGGGAGCCAAUUCCACCUGGCAGGCGGUCGGUGCAACGAACAGUCUUUCAUUCGGUUCUAAAAAUUCCUCAGUUAAAGAUGUAAACCAACUUGAACAAACGGCGAUCGAUAAUGGUAUGUUAUCCAUGAGUGGCGCUGGAUUCCAAGUAGGUAAAAUAGCUGCCACAGCUUUUGGCGCAGUUGCAGGCAUAACAUUGUUGGUGUGUAUCAUAAUUGCAAUCACCAGAAGCUGUUUGAGUACAUGA